AUCAGUAUUGUCCAAACAGGUCAGUACAGUACAGACAGGAUCUGUGCACACAGGACAGCGGGUAUGCUGAGGGUCAGGCUCUAGUCCCUGCCUGACGUGUUUGCACUUUUCCCAGAAUGCUGUCUUUGCCACGUAUCGUGCCGGAGCGGAUCCGGAUCUUCGUGUGAAAACUUCACCUCCCGAGUCCGGCUGGUAAUGGGGGGCUCUCAAAGUGUGGAAAUACCCGGAGGAGGCAGCGAGGGAUACCAUGUUCUCCGAGUUCAAGAAAAUUCCCCUGGUCACAGGGCUGGCUUGGAGCCGUUCUUUGAUUUUGUUGUUUCUAUUGGGGAUGCUAGAUUGAAUCAGGACAAUGAUACUCUGAAAGAUCUUUUGAAAGCCAAUGUGGAGAAACCAAUUAAAAUGGUUGUCUACAGCAGCAAGACACUCAAACUGAGAGAAACUACAGUAACUCCCAGCAACAUGUGGGGAGGUCAAGGCUUGCUUGGAGUCAGCAUUCGCUUCUGUAGCUUUGAGGGAGCUAAUGAAAAUGUGUGGCAUGUUUUGGAAGUGGAACCAAAUUCUCCAGCUGCUUUAGCAGGUCUUCGUCCUCACACAGAUUACAUAAUUGGAGCAGACACUGUCAUGAAUGAGUCUGAAGAUCUCUUCUCUCUGAUAGAGACACAUGAAGGAAAACCUUUGAAAUUGUAUGUCUACAAUACAGACACAGAUAACUGUCGGGAAGUAGUUAUCACACCAAAUACAACAUGGGGUGGAGAAGGCAGCCUAGGGUGUGGCAUCGGAUAUGGCUACUUGCAUCGAAUUCCAACUCGUCCAUUUGCAGAGGGUAAAAAAAUAAGUCUUCCAGGACAGCAACCAGGCACACCAGCCAGUCCAUUAAAGGACGGUUUCACAGAGGUUCAACUGUCUGCUGUUGCCUCACCAUCUGCUGCAGCCAGCCUCCAGCAGGGAUUAUCAGGACUUUCACUGGGCACUGCUCCCUCUUCUGCUCCCAGUGUUCUUAAUGCAGGUGUUCCAACAGUUCCAUUGUUGCCUUCAUCUAUGAAUUCAUCCCCAGGCGUAGCAUCAACGAAUGUUAAUGUUGAUGCAACCCUACCUGGUCUAAUGCCAUUACCAAGUGGACUUCCCAAUUUACCCAACCUACCCAACUUGAAUAUCCCCCUACAAAACCUUGCUCCAGUAACUUUACCAGGAAUAGGUGUGAUCCCUCCACCAACUGGUUUUCCACCAGCUGCUCAGAUGCCGCCACUAACCCUUCCUGGACUGCCCCCUCUUACAAUGCCCACCAUGUUUCCUUCACAGUCGCCCUUGAUUACUGAAACAAAAGCUGAUGUAACUGAAACAAUUUCUGCCAUCUCUCCAGGAAUAGGUGGUUUUCAUGUUCCUGCCUCGGCUGAACAAACCCCUGCCCUCAUUUUGGAUACUGGAACUGUUUCCAUGACAACUGCUGACAUCAAGGCAACUGCAUCACCUAAUGCAAAUAAAGAUGAACCAUCUUCCAUUUCCACAGACACACAAGAUUCUUCUGCGUCUUAACUGUAGACCUUUUAAAAGCAAGAGUUGAUUAAUGUAUUUAUUCAGCUGCAGAAAGCUUGUUCUGAAAUUAAAACGUUGUAAAGGAUAGGCUGGCAUGAUCACAUCUCAAGGAGCUUUAAAACAUUGUACAUAAUUGUAAGGAUGAGGUAAAUAUAUGACCUUUAAUACAAUCGGGAUGGUUUACCACAAUAAGUAAUGGGAUUACUUUUGAUGUAAAUGGAAAAUAAAUUAUUUUAUCAAGUAUUGAUUCAAUUACGUCUCUUCUACCACACCCCCUUGCCAGAUAAGGUUUGUUUCUGCUACAGCAUGUGCGCUGUUCGGUUACAUAUUGGUUGCGUAUAUGUGGUGUUUUGUUUGUGAUCUCUUCUAGUCUGUACAAUUUGCAGAUCAUCAGGUCAGUAUUUGCUAUGUCAUUAAAACAUGCCACUGUUUUUAGAUGAUACCUUAAGGAGAAUUACUGCAGGAGAACAUUUAUGUGCAGCUAAAAUCCAGUAGGUGUCACUGUGAACAUAAUGGAACAUAUUUGAAAGAAACGAUCUAGCAAUAAAUUCUACUGGGAAAGCUUGUCCUGAAUUUACCAAUUUCAAAUUCUGGCAUUUUUCAGAAUAUAAGGAAAAUUCUAUUUUUUAAAAAAGCCACAUUGUGAACAAGUGUGCCAAAAUUUAAUGUUGCCUUUGUGUACAUAACCUGGAAAUCCUGUGACUCCAUGAGGAUUAAGUGAGUCAUAUGGUAUGAAACAAAGUAGAAAUUCUCAAAUGUAAAGUACUAACAGAUUCAGCAUUUGAAUAAAUCUAAUCAUGUGAAAUGUUUUGAACGUGAGUGUGAUGCCAUUUAAAAUGCUAACUACCAUUGAGUAACUCACAAUCUCAUUGAAGAAAUAAUGGUUAUAUAAAAAACUUAUUAUUGAGAGGAGUUUCAUGUAAGGCACUGGUCAAGAAAUUCAUGUGAAAAUGCUGUGGAAGCAGAAUAUUGUUAGUACUGAGAUACAAAAUAAAUUCAAAGUCACAAAUGUUGAACAAUUUUCAAGUUUUUCUAAUUUUAUCUAAACAGCUUGUUCCGACUAAGCUAUAAGAAAGUUGAAGCUGUCAGUAUGAUAAAGAUUUGAGAAGAUUUAGGACAAGUAGAUUUGCCAUUGGGGGAGCAGCUUAGAGUUGAAUUGAACAGAUAAUUAAUUUUUGGAUUGUGAAUCCUAGUGUAUUCUAGCUGCCCUGAAUUGUUGGACAUGUGGCUGACAGCAGACCAAGCAAGGCGCUAAUUAUUACAAAUAUCUAGCCUGAGGGAGGCACAGCGUUUUUAGAUAUAGAUGCAAUAAAGCUCUUAAUUUUUUUUAUUUGAGAGAGGUUGGCGUAGAAGAUUUAGACACUGGAGAAGAAAAGAUUAAAAACUGAAGGGUAUUUCAAGUGAAUUAGUAGAAUAAGACAACUUUAUUGUGUCAAUGGCAAGAUGAAAACAGGUAGAAAAUAAAAAUCUAGUUAUCAGUUUCAGAUCAAAAUUGCAUUUAUUUUGCUAGUGAACCCAUUUCAAAUAAGGCUUGUUUUUUUGUGCUAAUGGUGUGAAUACUUUUGAUCUUCAAAUUAUACUCUGCUGUAAACAAAGUAUUACUAACCUUAAAAAUAAAACAUAGUACUGUGGAUGCUGGGGAUCUGAAACAAAACAGGCAUUGCCAGAAAAUCCCAUCUGUGGAAGGAAAGCAGAGUUAACAUUUUGAUCUGGUGACCCUUCUAUAAAGCUCUAGUCACUGGACUGAAAUGUUAACUCUAUUGUCUCUCCACAGAUAGUGCCACACUUGUUGAGUUUCUGCAGCAAUUUCUGAUUUUGUUACAUUACAUUAACAUAUUAGAAAAUGAAGUAUAGGAUAAGACUGCUUUAUUCCCCGUUAUGCUCUGCGUUAAUUUUUGAAUUCAAUGUGACAUUGAGCUUUUUUCACCCUUGCCUCAUUCCCAUUUAUUUGCUCUGGAGUCCUCACUAUCUAUCCUCACUGAGAGAUGCCGGUAUAUGUUGGCUAUUCUUAUUUUUCUGUACCCCACAAUUGCUGUAAUCUGUUUGCCUUUGAAAUUGCUGCACUCAAUACUCUCAGGUUCAACCUAACAUUGUUCUCUUACCCCAGAAUUUUGAUAGUUUUAUCAGUGCCAUAACCUGUCUUACCCUGAGUUUGAAAACCAAAUCAACUUUGCUUCAAAUUUCCAACCACCUUAAUUUCAGCCAGUCCAUCUUCCACUCCACCAGGCUUCGUAUUUAACAAAUCCUUUUUCCAUCAUUUUCAACAUGAUGUCAGCAGCAAACAGUUGACCUCCUGUGACCAUUCCAAAGGGAUCAUUCUCACAGUGAUACCUUGUACACAACCAAAACUCUAUGCUCUUCCCAUCGCAACUUUCAAUGCAAAUUCAGGACAUGCAAUAGGCAUCUCUUUACCAGCUCUAGUUGCUGCCAAAGCACCAAACACACCUUCCAGGUGAAACAGCAAUUUUCAUACAGUAUAUUAAAUUGAAAGGAGUGUAUCUGUUGCUCAUGGUAUGGUCUCCUCUAAAUUGGGGCGAUAAAAUGGAGCUUGGGUGACCACUUGGCCGAACACCUCCAUUCAGCUGGUAGGGAUGAUCCCGUGCUUCUGGGAUGACAGUAACUUUAAUUUUCCAUCUUCACUAUCACACUGAUAUCUAUCCUCAAUAUAAACUUGAGGAACAGCACCUGAACAUUCGGUUAGGGACUUUUCAGCGUUCCAGCUUAACGUUUAGUGCCAACAAUUUCAGACCUUUUUUUCUUUUAAUCAGCAUAUAUGUUGUAGGCACAUCUUAUCCCAUAAUGUUUGUUUUUAGCCCUGAAAGACUAAUUCUUACUUUUACUCUCAAAUUUCAUCUUUAUCAUAGUCCUUUCUUUUGUCCUUCACCUACCCAUCAUUUGCUCAAUGUUUCUUACAUAUCUAACUUGCCGCAAUCCUGAUGCAGGAGGUAACCUGAAAUGUUAACUGUUUCUUUCCACAGAUGCUGCUAUGAAGCAGUUCCAGCAUCUGGAGUUUUCAACUAGACUUCUAUGGAUAAAUGUUUGUCUGAUAAUCUGAUCACCUAUAAAAGAGAUUAAAAAUAACAGUUAUUUAUAUUUAUAUAAUGCAGACAUUCUAGGUAAAAGCAGUAUCUGUUUUGAAAGUAAUGCAAACUAACAGCAAAUAAUAAACAGAAUUUUGCUCAAACUAGAGAGAACAAAAAUUCUGCACAUGGAGUACUGCAGGUGUUCUAAGUAUCCAAGAGAUGUCUGAAUGCCAGAAAAGUUGUCCUUUAUUCUUAUGACUGGAUUUUGAAUUGCAUAGAAUUGAGCUACAGAAAUACUUUAAAUUCUUGUUUGAUCUGAAUUCAUUGCAGGUUUAAUUGUUCAAAAUGUAAGAUUUCUUUAUCCGAUUCAUUCAACUGUCUACCUGAAACUUUAGAAUGAAUUAAUGUUAUAUUUCUAAAGUACAUUGCACAAAAGUAAUACAUGCUAAAUCCAACACCCACUAAUAUUAAAAUCAGUCCUAGAAUUUACUUAGUGAUCAGCUGUGAACAUUCCUGAUUAAGUAAUAGUUGUCUUAUUUAAAGGUACAUGCCAGUUGAUUUGUAGCAAGCUAUUUUUGAAAAUUAAUUUUAAGACAAACUGGCUUUAUUUACAAUUCAUAAGUAAUUGCCUACAACAGUAUGUCCAUAAAAUGUUAUUGUUUUACAUCGUUCACAAUUAAAAGUUAGAAUAAUUUCAAAAUCUGAUACAGAAGUGACAUUUUUAUUGUAAGAAGUGUAGUUCUGCACCACAGCACUUAUCUCUAAGAGUUAUUGCACAAUGGUGACUUCAUUUAUCUCAUCCUACUGCUUACAAUAAGAGAAUUCAGUGGUAUGAUCAAUUCAUUUCUGAUUUUGUAGUUUUUGAAGUGGGAAGUUUGUCCCAGAUUAUCAUCUAUAUUUUAUGUCCCCUUUAUACCUCUGCAGAGAUUUCUGAAAAAUGUUGACUAUGAUGUAAUCAUUUGAGCAAGGAAACUCCUCUUUUGAAUUUGCUUCAAAUAAACCUUUGUGAAAUAACCAA